UUGGUGACGCAUGGUAGUGACAGGCAGCAAGCUCUGGAUCGCAUGCGCGAUGCUCUGGAUAAUUAUGUCAUCCGUGGUCCCACGCACAAUAUACCGCUGUUACGUGACAUUAUUGAAGAAAAACGUUUUCGUGCUGGCGAUAUCACCACCAAGUACCUUCCAGAAACGUAUCCAGAAGGCUUCACAGGCACAGUACUGAACGAGAAUGAGCAGCGGGAUAUCAUUGCGCUUACUGCAGCGCUGCAAGCGCGAAAGUCUGCACGUGCGCAGCAGUUUGUCAGUCACGCCAAGAAACAAGAUAUCGCCCAU